CUAGAAUGAAACUACCAUUGUCUUCCCAUACUCAUCUACAUCAACCACCGGCUACAGAGGGAGCUAGCCUGGAAAGAAAAGGAAAUGAAUGGAGGGUAUAAGUAUUUCACUGGUAAAAUCCCUUCAUUAAAGACACACUCAAAAAUAGUUUGUUUCAAAGAAAAGGAAAUACCACUGAAGAAGAUCUUACUUUUUUGGCAUUAACUGAAAGCCCAGACACUCUGUUAAAAUGAGUCAUGAUACUAGUAAGCUCUUGGAUAGAAUUCAGAUCACCACCGCUGAAAAAAAAAGAUCAUCUGCAAAGCACAGAUGGUUGAGUCUGAGCCUCAACCAGCCUUUGUGAAAAAACUAGAUUGCAGCUGAUUUUUAUGCUUAAAAGCCCUAUAUUAGAGUUACGACCGUCCACCAAUAGAAUAGAGACAGCGAAAGAAAGGGACAAUAUAUUGGAAUCUAAAGCCAGGGAGCUUCUAAAUAGCCGGGGAAUUAGCCUGGAUGAUGAUGAAGACAUCUCCCGGGCAGCAGAUCUUAUUUUAUAUGGGAAAAGGCGCGAUCAAGUCAACUAUGCGAUCCGGGCCUUAAACCGUGUAACCUCCAAAACCUGGAAGGACUUCCUGGAUGAAUUAAGAAAGUUGAGUGGGCCGUUUAGUUUAUAUAGAUGAAAUAGAAUAUAUAAAAAGUUUGAUCUAUUCUGUUGAAAUAGAAUACCCUAAAAAAGUUUUCUAAACGUGGGCCACCAUUUGUAUUCCGACGAAAUGCUAUCACCCAGAAAACAGAGAUUGAAAGGAUAGUAGAGGAGCUGUUGCAAAAUGCUGUAAUCAGGCCCAGUACAAGCCCCAAAGCAGCUCUGGUGUUGAAGAAAGAUGGAACCUGGAGAAUGUGUUUCGACUAUCGAAAACUAAAUGCAGCAACUAUGUUUUCCAAAUACCCCAUUCCUAUCAUAGAAGACCGGCACUUUUGGAUGAGGUGUGAACUAAGAUAGAUUUGAGGGCUGGUUAUCACCAAAUAAGAAUGAAAGGAAGAGGAUAUCUACAAAACAGCCUGAAGGACCGGCUUUUUGAAUUCAAGGUGAUGCCCCGGCAACCUUUCAACAACUCAUGAAUAGUGUUUUUAAAGAGAUAUGUUGGAAAGGGGUAUUGGUCUUUUUCGAUGACAUUCUAGUGUACAGUUCUACCAUGGUGGAGCAUCUCAAGUUGCUAGAGGAAGUGUUCCGGCAGAACAAACUUUUUGUGGGUGAGCCAAAUUUCAUAAAGGAAAUACAUUAUUUAUGAAAUUGGGGUAUCUACUGAUACAAACAAGGUAGAGGGCAUGACAGCUUGGCCAGAACCAGCCAAUGUCAGAGAACUCCGAGGGUUGCAGGGGUUAUUACAGGAGGUUUCGGGGUAUGGAGCUAUCAGCAGGCCUUUAACUGAGUUGUUAAAGAAAGGUGUGGAGAAGAAGCCAGAAAAGCAUUUCUCAAGCUCAAAAGUUCUAUGGUAUGGUGAUGCCUUUGAACGUUGACUGGGAGAGCGGCUCGAAAGAGUUGGGACAGACUAGAAGCUUUGAAGUUUAUGUUCUUUAAAAAGAUAAUAGCAAUCUUGACUUACAUCCGGUCAAGAUCCCCGUGAAGGAAUGCUGAUUGAACAUCGAGCUGAUAAAGAGGGAGUACCAUACCCAAGAUACUCCAUUAAAGGAAAGGUAUGCUUGUUUGGUUUCUUUGGUCCGAGAACACACACCACAAACUCUCGCAGUCGAUGAGGAAACGUUAGUCAAACUACAUUUCAGUAAUCCGUCUGGCCUUAACCUCUACGCAAGGAGAUCUUACGUAUAGACCCAUGAUUAGGUAACUACUUCUUCUUUUAUUCGGAGUAUCCAAUGGAAAGUGGGCCUCUAUCUACAGGUCAUGGAUACCUGGGCGCUAGAAAGGUUACCGAACCAGGGUUAAGUGAGGCUGUUCAAACUUCACGGCCUUCACUAUCGGAUGUAUAUGAGUAAAAUCAGACAUCAGUAUCACAACCUAGCGUUAUCCAGAUCUUUCGUUGAUCCAGGCGAUUUUGGGAAGGACUCAGCAUUCUCCCACAAAAGGCCAGGCCUUGAGUUUCUAGCCGACUCAUAUAAGUCAGGGUGUCAAUUUUUUUUAGGUGACGUAUCUUUCUCUCUGAUGUUCUCCGUGGUCUCAAAGGAUGAUCAGUCGGAUAGCGACAUUGGUAAAUAAAAAGAAGAAGUUUACACGCCGGGUGCAUACUUCAGUGCCACUAAUUAGCGACUUUUUUUUGCCCUUUACCUACACCAUGUAGACCGGAGGAUUACACAGAAUCCCAUUGGCGAGUUUCAGACAGCUAGGUUAUUCAAGAAACUUGGAAUACCAACUCCAAUGCUUGGCUUGCUGAAUCAGCAUAUGGAUUACUUCAUUGAAUUUCUCGGCCCGAGCUCUUGUGAUUGGUCCACUUGGCAGGUGGAGUGGAUCCUUAGCAGGUUCAUGUGUUCCUUGUUUACGUAGCUCUUCUGUUGGAUCACGUAGCCCCUCCGUUGGAUUACGUUGCUCUGCCCUUGGAUUACUUGAGUCAUUUCUGGGUUUACUUGGCUGCUCCGCAACAUGUUGGUUACUUGAUCCUUCGCUUUGUUUACUUGGGAGCCCAAUACUUAUUGGUUGGGAAAAUUACCUUCAAAGGAAAAUGCUCCUCCCACUGGACCGAAAAACCCAUAUAUUCCCAUGGGAAUGGGUGGUGCUGAACAAGCAGGCAGGCCCAACGUUGUUUAUCUUUACUGCAAUCCUGGUUAGGUAAAAGGAAUUCCGCAGCAGCGGGUACGUGAUUAGUUACAACCAACGGAAAGACUUAUUGAAAUAAUAGGGAAUUUCCUCAUCCAGUCUACUCCUAGGACUACAUCAUAUGCUCCCAACUCCAUGGCCAACAAAUCAAACUUCAAUCGAUAUCCUUGCAUCUCCCACUGUACACCAGAACACAUCCCAUACAAUCGGCCCGAAGAGCAUCAAUGAGCAGGCCUACUAAAUAGGCAUAGAGAUACAUUAGCCGAGUUUGCUUACAACAACUGCUAUCACUCUAGCAUCGGAAUGGCACCUUUCGAAGCACUCUACGGGAACCUUUGUCGUACCCCGAUUUGUUGGGGUUGGCACGUACCGACCGACGGGGCCACAGAAGAUGAAGGAGAGUGCCGAGAAGAUUCCACUUAUUCUAGAUUAAAAGCAGUUCAGGACCAGGUACGCCGACCACGAUAUUUGGAGUUUGCAGUAGGUGAUCAUGCUUGACUUCGGCUUGAACCUACAAAGGGUGUGAUGCGUUUUUGAGUGAAGGAUUAGGUAUAGCUGACCGAUACAUCGGACCUUUCUUGGCCCAUAUCCCCCUAGCCCUUACUCCCUUGUUUCGGUGGUUGGUCUCUACCUUUUUCUGUCUCUUGGCUAGUUUGUCUUCCUCUUCUUUUUGAGGGUAACGUAGUCAAAAUCCUUUAUUUCAGGGGAUUUCCCUUUUCUUUCCAAAUGAAUUUAUGCUUAGUCUAAAAUUGGUAAAUACCAAAUAAUAAUAUAUAUAUUAUUAUUAUUAUUUGAAAUAUGUACCAGUUUCCUGAAACUAACAAAUAGAGUUAUAGCUUUGAUUGACUUACUAGCUUACGGGAACGCUUUGAAUCUCAACUUACUUUGAACGAGUGCUUCCCACAUAGAUUGCUGGAAAGAGGAGUGAGCCGGGGCAGAACUUGAAGCACGGGAGAAGGAAAAAGAAGUAUACAAGGGGUGCGUAGUUGGUAUAUGUACGGUAUAGACCUUUCUUUGUGAAUAGCUAGUUCAGUUACAAGGGUGUAUACAAAGGUCUGCUUAUAGGUUGAAAAAGCCUGUAGAGAUAGCCUAGAUAGCCAAGAAGAUAUACGUAUUUCAUAGAGCUAGCUAAUAAAGCUUUUGUUAACUUCAAAUAGGCUAUUGAAUGCAACGGCAAAUAAAGAAGAAGAAAGUGCCAGAGCUAAGAGCUAAUAUAUUCCCAGUCUAUGCAUGGAUAAAGGAAUGAUAAGAGCUAUGAGCAGUUUAUUAAACUACACUACGGCUAAUAUAUAUAAGGACAAAUCAACUAGAAAAAACCGUUGCCAAAGAAACCAUUUGUUUAAGCUUAUUCGUUCGCGCUAGGCUAAAAAACUAGAUAGAAGAACUAGAGGCCGCCAAGGUCUUCAACCAUUAGCAGGUAGGAUCCUUUGCUUACUACUUGAAGCAGAAACCUAGAAGAGGAAUUCUUUCUAUUCCAAAAUCCAUCUUCUUUCCGGUCCGCUUCAUUCAUUCCCUUACUAAUAAAUCCAAUUCAUCGCUAAUGGCGAAACCAGCCUGUAUGUACACCGCACAACUAACCGUUGCUUGGUAGGUUCGAUCAGCUCUUCUCACCUUUCCGUCGACAUCUACUAAGGCUUCAGCUUAAGUGGGUUCAGCCGCCCCAAAUCUGACUCGAUCCAGGGUUAUAUAUCAUAAAGGGCUUCGACAAGGGGUUUGAUUCGUUCUUUGAGCAAAAAGAUAAGGUCGGAAUACCGGAGUUCUUUCUUUGCUUCCAAGAACAUAGAUUCCUUCUUCAACCCAGGUCAUGACCGAGGGCGGGUAUCUCACUCGCAUAUCUAGAGCCCAGCAUCUCUCCUGAACGACACCUUCUGCAGACUCUACUGGUGGUAUUUCCCGAGGCGAGGGUCAAUAUGUGCAUUCAUAUCGGUCAGGAAACGACAAUGACUCUUCUUCUUUCCGGGAAGCUAUGGGCACCUCACAAUUCUUAUACGACAUUAGUGGAAGCGAACAUUCGUAGCAUUCAUUGUCACCGAUCAUUGACAAAAGAAGAAAAAGAAGCCGUACGACAACUUAAGGAAUCUUUAGAUUUGGCGGCUAUAGACUCAAAGGGCACAGACAGGCUGCUGGUACUUUUUUUUUAGCUAACUAAAGUCCAACUUCCUUUGCCGAAAGAGGAUGAAACGGAUCAGCCGAUUCAACUUAGCAUUACCCGACUCGUAACUUCAAGCACAACCAUCCAUCUCAAUCCAAAAUCUCCGAUCGUCUGUGAUCCAAACCCAAACUCUCCUCCGGUUUUGGAUAUAUAGACAGUGCCUGCUCUCAAACCAACCAAGACAGCAGCAAGUUCCUAUCGAGAACAAGACGACAGAUCAAUAUGACCAAUUUCUAUAAUAUCUCGGGUGAAUACGUGAAAAAGUGUUGCUUAGCUCAGUGAAAUGGAAUAAGGAAGAGAAAGUGUAGUGUGAUAAGGGAAGAUGCAAGUCAAUUUUGAGGUUUUCAAGCAAGGGCUGAGAUAGAUAUACAAACCAGAAGAAUUCACAUCAGAACCCUUUCCUGCUUCCCCUUUUUACCCAUCGGACUCGACUCACAUUUUGAUCUCCUACGCUUGCUUUCACAGUCCCCCUACGAGCAGCCCGGAAUCAAUGAAGGAGUUCAUUCAGCACCGAGCCGAGCGAGCGUAGAUUCAAUAUGUUGAUUGUACCGAACGAAGGAUUUGCCUUAUCACGAAAGCCACAUUCGUUUCGUUUGAGGAAGUCACACGUCCUGUUCCCUAUAAAUAAGGAGAUUCAUUCUUUUUUUUCAGAAAUCCCCUCUUCUUCCUCCUCAAGCCCCUAUCACAAGACCAAGCGGAUCUCAUCCUGCAGAAGACUCAGAGCGGAUCUAUCUAAUGGCAUGGCUGGCUGUCGGAUGUGAUCUAUUCUCGUGUCACAUCGCUUUCUUUCUUCUCCCUCCAUUUUCUUCACUACUACCGCUUCUACACAUAAAUCAAAGAAGCAUUGUGGAAUAGUGGCAUUUCGUUAAUGGCUAAAAUGUUCUUAGUGAAAGGGUUGCCGCAAAACCGGCAAACUCAGAGCGGUCUCUGAAAGUGAAUAGGAGCAUAGCGGCAUCAUCCAAGCCAAACACGUCUCCUCAGUCAAGGGUCUUCUCGCGCAAAUAAGAUCAAAAACAUAACAACUGAUUUCGCUUAAUGCAUGUCACCCGCCCGCUCUCAAUACAGCAAGUGACUCUCUCUCACAAGACAGAGAAAGAUUACCGAUUCAUCCAAUCCAAUUUGAUCAGAAGUGAGUUCAUUGUUGUUGUAUAGCGAAACCUUUCCUUGACAAAACCAUUCUCAGCUAAUAGAAGCCGAGCUAUCUAUCCAGAUCAGGGUUGAACGAAGCGAAUGGAAAAGCCAAAGAAAACUUAAAUCCAUUGCGAUUAGAAACCAGUGACUCUACAGCCAGGGCUCGAUGGCGAUGUAAGAUAGAAAGAAUGGGGAGUUAGGGCUUCGGUUUCCUCUGUAGCCAGUUUCAAUUCCAAAUCAUUUGCCGACAUGCGGACUCACUUCUCUUUUAUGGGAUGACUUUUAUUAUCCAAGUUGUCUAUUUACGUGGGUGAAUCAAGUACAACAAGUCAGGUCAGAGCUUGUGGUAGAAGAUUGGGCUCUGCUACGCAGAUCCACUCAACUAGGAAAGAAGUACGCAUUGCUGACUGACUGUUUGAACGAUCCUAGUUACUAGUAGCUAAUCAAGUCAGAGUAGGGUGGCCGAGAAGCUUCUUGCCGGUGCCCCCAAAAGCAAAGCACAGACUCUACUCACCCACGCGUUUUCCACCUACGGAGGGAGAAAUCAUCGAAAUAUCCUCAUCCCCUGAAAGGGAACCCGAAAACAGGACGAGAGUGGAUAGGGUGACUAAGGAGGCCGUAAAAAUUAGUAGUGCAUUUUUGAAAGAUAAGAUUACAAAAAGGCGAGAGCAGCAUAAUUGUUAGUUAGGGGUAAGAGGGGACGGGCCCGUAUAGAAAGUCAAUCCUUCUUUUUCCGAUAUGCCGCUCCGCAAGCAAGGAGUGCCACGCACGAGCGGAGCGAAAACUAAGCAAGGGGAAUUCCGUCAUUCCAUGGAAAGCAUGCGAAAUCCUUUGAUUGUUUAUAGAAUCAAAAUAACUAUAUAGUCUUUCUUGUUCCACUUGCAAGGCAAGGAAAAUAAAAUGUCAGUUUCGUUAUUACAACCUUAUUUUUUUAUGUCAAAGACAAAAAGCUACGCGCAAAUUCUCAUUGGAUCUCGGUUGUUCUUAACAGCGAUGGCUAUUCAUUUAAGUCUUCGGGUAGCACCACCAGAUCUUCAACAAGGUGGAAAUUCUCGUAUUUCGUAUGUACAUGUUCCUGCGGCUCGGAUGAGUAUAGUUAUUUAUAUCGCGACAGCUAUAAACAGUUCCUUGUUCCCAUUAACAAAACAUCCCCUUUUUCUUCGCUCUUCCGGAACCGGUACAGAAAUUGGUGCUUUUUCUACUUUGUUUACGUUAGUGACUGGGGGGUUUCGGGGAAGGCCUAUGUGGGGUACCUUUCGGGUGUGGGAUGCUCGUUUAACUUCUGUAUUCAUCUUGUUCCUUAUUUACCUGGGUGCACUGCGUUUUCAAAAGCUUCCUGUCGAACCGGCUCCUAUUUCAAUCCGUGCUGGACCGAUCGAUAUACCAAUAAUAAAGUCUCCAGUCAACUGGUGGAAUACAUCGCAUCAACCUGGGAGCAUUAGCCGAUCUGGUACAUCAAUACAUGUUCCUAUGCCCAUUCCAAUCUUGUCUAACUUUGCUAACUUCCCCUUCUCUACCCGUAUCUUGUUCGUUCUGGAAACACGUCUUCCUAUUCCAUCUUUUCCCGAAUCUCCCUUAACGGAAGAAAUAGAAGCUCGAGAAGGAAUACCACUAAAAACCUAGUUCGCUCUCAAAUAAAAACCUAGUUCACUCGCUAAAGCAUCCAUGGCUGAAUGGUGAAAGCGCCCACCAACCUAGAAAGGCAAAAUGGGUCAAAAAGUAGGUUCGAUUCCUGCCGGAUGCACUGCCUCUUAAAGACAGAAACAGAGGAGGGAAAGAAGGUAGUAUAGGGAACUUGCUUUUGGAUUCUUAUCGAAAGUGAAUCCCUCUAACACUUCUGUUAGUGUUUUAUGAGAAAAUCUUUUAUAGACACAACAAGUGUGAAAAUCCUUAGUCACUAGGCAAGAAAGCUCGAUGGGAACAAAAAGGAUACAAUUAGUUCAUAAUCAAAAAAAUGUACAAUUUCAAAGGAAAGAAGGAAUGGCAAGUUUCCCUCCAUUGAACAUCAAUCAAUCUAGAAAUAGGUAAAGGAAGGCGUAUCACAGGGGUAUUUUGCUUUUUUCUAUUCACUUCCGUGGGGUUCUAAAUUGAAAACAUGAACACAAACGAAAUCGUAUUGAAAUUACAUAAAAAAAGAAAAG